AUGUCCUCCCUUGAUCCAACUGCGUUCCCACGACCAUCUCAGCAAACAGACUUGAACCAGGCUUUCAACCCUGCCUCAAAGGCCUCUGCUGAGAAAUCCACCUCCCAUGAUGCCUCCUCGACCUCGCCUAAAAUCACCGACUACCGCUCCCCGCACGACGUUCCCUCUCAGCAUAGAGAGGCAGCCAGACCCUCAGCCCUAGGAUCUGGAGAUCGUGGUCCUUUAACCGAGAAAUUGAUUCCCGAAUCUGACGCUCAGAACUAUUCAAAAAGCAAUAGCAAUGUGGAGGGCGAGCAGAUGCGGGCGCCAGGGGAAGGUGAGGUGGCCAACGCUGUGCGGACUGGAGGUGGAGGAGGUUAUGAAGAGCAAGAGAGUCUGACACAGAAUUUUGGGAGAAAAGAGGCAGGACAUGAACGUGAGUUGCAUAGACGAGGGAAAAGAACAGGGAAGGAGAUCGAAGAAGAGGCGAACGAGGACUGGACAGGCAAGAAGGCUGAUAUUGCCAGUGCUUUGGGUAAUGGGAGAGAUGGACGCGACGAUAUUAGCAGACCUAGGAUUGUUCUUGCUGCGGAGGAAUGA